UCUCUGUCUAUGAUUUUACCAGUACUGUAGGAUGUGGCUUUAAUUGUUUAGCGUCGGUAACAUCACAUCAAUUACUGCAGGCACAGCAUGCUUCACUGUCAGAACUGCGCAUGAUCUUCAUGCAUCUCUUCAUAUAGGUGCCAAGGCUUUGGCACGGGCCUGUUCUAUUCCCUUGCUGACAGUUCAUAAUGUAGUUCAGGCAUGUCCAUAUUGCAAUUCUGCCCCAACUAUUGGUGCAAGUGUUAACCCCCGUGGCUUAAAGCCACUGCAGAUCUGGCAGAUGGAUUUUACAUGGGAACGCCGUCUGGCCCCUUGUCCAUGGCUCGCCGUUACUGUAGAUACAGCUUCUUCUAUGAUAUCAGUCACUCAACGUGCAAAGUGCAACUCAACCGCAGCACAGAGUCACUGGGCCACUGCAACAGCGGCUAUGGGGUUGCCCAGUCAGAUGAAAACAGAUAAUGGGUCUUGCUUCAUCUCAACUCGACCCAGGAAUGGCUAAUAGCUUGGCGGAUAUCUCAUUCCAGAGGAAUCCCUGGCAACUCUCAGGGACAAGCAAUUGUAGAACUUGCCAAUCGCCACCUCAAAGGAAAAGUUACGCGUCCUAGGGGAGGGGCCGGGUCGGGCCGGGGGCGGCGAUGGCGCCGCGGCUGCAGUUGGAGAAGGCGGCCUGGCGCUGGACCGAGACGGUGCCGCCCGAGGCAGUAACGCAGGAGCACGUCGAAGCGGCCUACCGCGUCAGGCUGGAGCCCUGCCAGCGCGGCGCCUGCCGGAGGAACUGCCGGGGGAACCCCAACUGCCUGGUGGGCAUCGGGGAGCACGUCUGGCUGGGCGAGAUUGACGAGAACAGCUUCCAUAACAUCGAUGAUCCCAACUGCGAGCGCCGCAAGAAGAAUGCAUUUGUGGGCUCAAAGAACCUCGGCGCCACGUGCUACGUGAACACUUUCUUGCAGAUGUGGUUUCUUAAUCUGGAGCUCCGGCAAGCCCUCUACUUGUGUUCCAGCAAUGAGCACACAGUCAGAGAGAGCAUUCCCAAAGACAAAGACUAUGAGCCUCAGACCAUUUGUGAGCAUCUUCAGUACUUGUUUGCCUUGCUGCAGAACAGCAGAAGGCGAUACAUCGAUCCCUCUGGGUUUGUCAAAGCGCUGGGCUUGGAUACAGGCCAACAGCAGGAUGCCCAGGAAUUUUCCAAGCUGUUCAUGUCACUGCUGGAAGAUACUUUAUCCAAACAAAAAAAUCCAGACGUUCGAAACAUUGUUCAGAAACAGUUUUGUGGGGAGUACGUCUAUGUCACGGUCUGCAACCAGUGUGGCAGGGAAUCCAAACUCGUGUCUAAGUUUUACGAGCUGGAGUUAAACAUCCAAGGGCACAAGCCGCUGACAGACUGCAUAACAGAGUUUCUCAAGGAAGAAAAAUUAGAAGGGGACAAUCGUUAUUUUUGCGAAACGUGUCAGAGUAAGCAGAAUGCCAGAAGGAAGAUCAGGCUGCUCAGUCUUCCCUGCACACUCAACCUGCAGCUGAUGCGUUUCAUGUUUGACAGACAAACUGGCCAUAAGAAAAAGCUGAACACCUACAUUGGCUUCUCUGAGCUGCUCGACAUGGAGCCUUUUAUGGAACAAAACAAUGGUGUUUAUGUAUACGAACUGAGUGCUGUUCUCAUACACCGAGGUGUGAGUGCAUACUCAGGGCACUACAUCGCCCACGUGAAGGACCCGAGGAAAGGCCAGAAGUUAUACCAGGAGAGGUUUAGGUUGGAUAUUAGGAGUUUCUCCUAA